CUUUAUUGCUUCCAGCUCGUUCUGCAAGCGCUAAUGCCCUUGUCAGUGAAUUUCGCUGUCAAGUUAGGGCAAAAAUCUAUUGUAAAGAAGGGGUUUUAUUUCACAGUUUUGUUCUUAAUAGCAUACUAUUGCUUUUAGGACCAUGGCUGCCAAGAUUUUGCCUGUAGUCAAGUUUGCAACAAAAGUGACCAUUGCUGGUGGCGCUAUAUAUGUCGCGUAUGAUUCAGGUCUUCUUGGAGAUGGCAAAGAGGGAUCUGUCACACUGGGUCGAGCUAAAGCUGCCAUCCCACCUGCUGUGGAGGAGUGGGUGAAGUACCUUGGCUUUGAGCUUCCUGCCACACCCAAAAUUGAGUUCUCACCACUGGAUGCAUGGAACUCAGGGGUCCAGAAGUCUAUCCAUGCCCUAUCGAUCGCCCCGUCUACAGUUAGUGACUACACCAAACAAGGCCUCCAAUAUGUUAAAGACCUCACAAAAUGAGCAUUUAGAACUUUAAAGUUAGUACAAGAUGCUCUCGAAAUAUUUCAGUGGAUGAUAAUACUAACACACUUGAAACUUUUCCCUUGCAUAUAUAUCAUAGACUAA